AUGGAUUUUGCCUCUGAUUUUCUACCUUGGAGAUCUCCGCGAAAUAUCAUUAGUAUCCUUACGGUUGGUAUCUUGGCUUGUGUCUGCUUAUGCAAUGCAGUAUUUAUUAUCAGAUUAAAGUAUCGAAAAGAAGAAUGGAAAGUUACUGGUAGCGAUAGCCAUCAUCAGUUAGAGAAAGAGGCAGAAUUAAAUGAUAAUCCAGAUAAUUUUAUUCCACGAAGCGUAAGUGCUUACACACAGGAUGGGCCACGUCGUGGAUCUUGCAUAAGUAUGAUAAAGAAAAUUGUUUCUCCCGAUUACGACGAUAAUUCAAGUCGAGCAAGUUCAGCAAACACUAUAGUUAAAAGUUUAGUAGUUAAAGCUAAUGUUCGCGAUUGUCGUAGCGAUUCCAGAUCGUUUAAGAAUCUCAGGCCUCAAAGUUAUAAUAUGGCAUUAUCUACUUCAUCACCUCAACUAAAUCGAUUGACAUGUAAUGGAAAUGCUACUGAUCAGCCGUCUAUUUAUGUCAAUAAACAGACAUUAGGAAGCGAUCUUCAUAUGUCUAUUAACAGUCAUGGUGGUAGCACCACUGGUACCAGAGCUACUGGCAUUCGCCGUGUUUCUAAACAAUUUUCUAAAUGUCUCCUACCCGGCAAUCAUGGCAAUAGCAGUAGUAGUAAACACUUAGAUAUGAAGAGAAGAAAAUCAGGCGAGAGCUUUAUCGAAGAAUGCUCAAGAACCUACUAUUCAGAUACUCCUAUAGCUCGUAAAUUUGAAGCAGAAAGGAAAUUAUUAAAGAAUGAACAGACUCUAAAAGACUUAUUAAGUAAAGGUGAUUAUGACGAAGGACAAGCCACUAAUUUAAUUGAAAAAUAUACCGAAGUUAUCGCAUCUGUCAAUAAAGACUUUAUAGACUGCGAUUGGAAAGAAUAUGUCGCUAAAGCUAAUAGUAGAAUCGGCAAAAUUUAUCAUUGUAUGCUUAAAAACGAUAGAAAAGCUAAGCAAUAUUAUGAUAAAUGUUUAGAUAUCGCUACAUGUGAAUGUCGUAGUCAUAGUUGGUAUGGAGAAGCUUUAAUUGCGUCAUGCAACAUUGCUAUUAAGACCGAUUAUAAAGGAAAUAUUAAAAUUAUAACGGAUGGAAAAAGAAGCAAGCAAUCCAACAUUUAA